CAACAUGGCAGAUUGGAGACGCUCGGGAAAUGAUGAAAUGUCACCUGGAGAUGGGAGUCCACACGAUGCCGUUAGAUCUUCUGGUAGACCCAGUGGAGCUAAUUUUAAUCAGAUUGGCAAAACUGAAGAAAUGUUGGAUCAUGAAAAUCAGUCUCGGGUAGAAGGGCUAGCAACCAAGAUUUCACGUUUGAAAGGAAUAGCUGUGGAUCUGGAAUCUGAAUCAAGAGAGUCGAAUCGAUACCUUGAUGAUAUGACAGAUGAUUUUGGGAGCACCACUGGACUUCUGUCGGGCAGUAUUCACAGAAUAAACAAUAUGAUAAACACCGGCCGAAGCAACAGGAAGAUUAUGUGCUACAUUAUCUUAGGACUUGUUGGACUCUUCCUUAUCACAUAUUACUUGAUAAUUCGAGUGACAAGUUGAUACAGACAGCUGCAAAUGUUGUCGAGGUGUUAAAUUGGCUUUCAGUAGCUGUCCUUAAAAAUGGUUUAUGUGCAUUCUACACCUGUUGAAAAAGAUCUGGUAUAUUAUACCUUUAAAACGUUUUGUUGUUGCAAGUAAAACACCAUUUUCAGGACCUCAUCUGGACAAAGCAGGUCAGUGAGAAUUAAAAUGGGGCAAAAACUAUUUAUGAGUUGCAUAGAAAUAAAUUCAAGUACCCCAUUUUGUUUUUGCGAAAGUCAUAAUGAUAUCCUAAAUUUAAUGCACAAAUUAAAUAUUGUAAAAAAAAACCCCCAUUGUACUGUAGUUGAAAAUCUUUUAAAAAAUAUAUAUAUAUAUAUUACAGUGCCCUAAUUAAUUUUGGAGGGGGAUUUACCACUUUGUUACUUAUAUAAGGCGCUAAUAUGGCUGUCAGUGAACAACUUUUGUCAGCUGUUUACUUGUUGCUCAGCACUAUUUAACAUCUUACUUACUUUUACUUGAUCCUCUUUGUGUGCUGUCACACAUAAGGCCGACAGCAAAGAACGCCAAUGUUGUCCGUCUGUUGCAAGCUUCGUCACGUGGCCCAAACUCCACCCAAGAGCCUUCAUCUCCCGCUCCACCGAUCUUCUCCAGGUCUCCUUGGCUCUCCCCCUCAUUCUCUUACCACCAGGGGUCCAACGCAUGGCCACUCUUGGAAUGGAUGUCAGUGGCAUUCUGCAGACGUGACUAUUUAACAUCAAUUAAAGUUAAAGUUUGUUUUGUUUAACGACACCAUUAAAGCACAUUUAUUAACAAGUUAUCGGCUAUUGGAAGUCAAACAUUUGGUAAUUCUGACAUAGUAUUAGAGGGAAAACCUUCUUCGUGUUUCCAUUGGUAAUGAGGGAUCUUUUAUAUGCACCAUCCCAUAGACAGAACACGACAACCUUUGAUAUACCAUUCAUGAUGCAUUGUUUGUUCAAAACCUGCCUGCUUGGUUUUGGUAAAAUUCUGGCUCUGAUGCACAUCACAUUAAACAGUGUUUCCUGGUAACAUUAAUUACUGCUGUAUUGGUCAUUGUCAUCUCAUAUCAUCUCUGAUAAAGAUUUAUUUAUUAUGGUGUGUGUUAUUUUUGCUGGCGACAACAAAUGAUUAGAAGCUGUUGUUCAAAUGAUUCAGAUGUUUUGAGUACAUCAUUAAAUAAAACAUUUCCUUCCAAGAUAAUUCAACAUCAGUAUAUUUUUUAAAGAUAAGAAAUAUAGAUUAACCAGGGCUUUUUUUUAAAUUAAAAAUAUGACAAAAAUAAUAUUUAUAUCUUCAAUCUUGCAAUUUAUCCAUAAUCAAAAUCAUUAGUAAACAACACUGUAACACACAAGUGACAGCUAUUUUGUUUUUAUUGUACAUGAUAAAUUUCUUUUGUUAUAUAUUUGUUUUAUU